AGAAAACCUGAAAGUGAAAGGGUUCGGGGAAAUGGGCGGAGCUGUUCGCAUUAAAUGUGCUGCUCUCAAAGCGCCUGGCAGUUCAUUCUGACAUUAGAACGAGCUGAACGCAAGCGCACGGAGUUUCUGUCUCGCGCUGUGGAACUCUCUAUGGAGAUAUAACGGUGGAAUAAAUCAAUGGGAGUUAAAAAAAAGCUGAUUUUGGAAGCGGCGACGAGAGUUUGUCCGAGGCAAAGUUGUACUGACUGCUCUUGGAUUGAAUAUUCGCUAAAACGACAGAUGAGUCUCAUCUAGAUGACCUUCCUGUGGUACGGUAUGGAAGACCACACUGGUUGGUCUUUCCUGUAGGAUGGUGGCACACAGUUCAGUGGAAGGGAAUCAAGGCACAGAAGAACCCCAAGCGAGGACAGAAGCCUCCCCAGAGGUCUCCCAGUCUCAAAGGUCCAGGCCCAGUCCACAGGCAGCGGUUAUCCAGACACAUUUCAAGCCCUUCAACUAUGCCAGAGACUUCAAGACCAUUGCAAAGACCACCUCAAUGCUAGAGGAGAGUGGCUUCUAUUGGGGUCCCAUGACUGUGGAGGAAGCACAUCAGAAGCUGAAAAAAGAGCCAGUCGGAACUUUCCUGAUCCGGGACAGUUGUCAGAGCGACGUAUUCUUUUCACUGAGUUACACAACACACAACGGUCCCGUCAGCGUCCGGAUUAUCUUCAAGAAUUCCAAAUUCAGUCUGACUGGCAGCAAGCAAUCUUUUGACUGUCUUUUCAAACUGCUGGAGCACUACAUCAGUUCCCCGAAGAAGAGUCUCGUCAGGCCCUACAGGAAAGAACCGGUGGAGUCUCUGCAGCAGCUGUGCCGCAGACGGAUUAUCGAAACAUGCGGUGGAAAAGACAUCGACCGCAUCCCUGUGCACCCGAUCCUCAAAGACUUCCUCCAUGCCUUCCCUCAUCCGCUAUGAAGACCGGACUCAUUGCAUUAAAGCGCUGCUGGAAUAUUCUGGAGAUACUUGAUGGACUCCUCGUGGUCCUGCUCUGUUUUAGGACGCAGGAAUCCUACUGUAGCACAUUCUGGAAUAUUAGACUUGAACACUGCACAAUGAAAGUUUACAUUGUUUGUGAAUGUUUACACUAUAUGGGAAUAUUGUGUUCCUUUGAUUCUAUUUCUGCCAUGCAGACAGCUAUAUUUCAAGAUAGUAGUUUUUAUAAAAAUAAUAAAUAUAUUUGUAAACAACUUAAAA